UCCGAGCUAAACAACUUACAAAUCCAUAGUGAUUAUAUUCUCUUUGUACAAAUCCUCAGUAGGUACAAAUCUAUCAUGUCGUAAUCUGUUCAGAAAUCCAGCAACAGACGUUCAUAAAUUAUACAAUAUGUGAUACAGGAUGUCAAAAUGCCGCAAAGUAAAGAACCCUUGCAAGAUCUGCCUUCGUCCGGUCACAAGAAAGACAGGAUUGCAGUGCGAAGGCGCCUGUGAAUCGUGGGUCCAUUACGAAUGCCUGAACUACACUCCGGGUAAAAUCCAGGACAUUAAGAGGAAGGUCAUCAGAGUAUCAUGCCCGUGCCCAGAUUGUAAAUCCACCUUGCCGAAGGAACAUAGAGCCGAUGAGCCCUACACCUGUACAAAUCCGAAAUGUCCAGCAAAUCACCCAGCGCGAUGCAGGAACAAGGAAUGUCCUUUAGGGUAUAUUCCGGAUGAGAAGUCAGGGUGUUCUUUAUCCCAAUGUGGUACUAGUUGCAAGCAAAACGUUUCGCUGACCCGAAAAGACCCUCGCAUAACCAAUUCCGAAGUAUUUCAGACAAAGGAAGGAAAAGACGCUUGCACAGGUUCCUGUUCAUCCUCUCGUUCCUCAACCAGGGAUAUACCUGGUGAUCAUCCAGCAGGGAUCGAAGACAUGUGCGUCGCAGUUGGCCAGCUGACAUGCCAAAUAACCGACCUGAUGAAUAAAAUGAAGAUGGUCUUGGAGUGUUCCCAAGGUAGAAAGCCACAGUUUCAGCCGUGCCAUUGCCCAGGGAAUCCCUGUCGCAAAUGACUUGAAACAGUUCUGGAGAUUUCUAAAAAUAUGCCGUUCCAGCCUAUCCAUAUCCUAUAUCCAUAGUGGCUAACACAAUAGACGAUUCUGAAGAGUUCAAGAGAAAGAUACAAUUUCAGCCUUUUCAUUGCUCAAGAAACCCAUUUCCCAAACCAAAUAUUCCUUAAGAUAGAAUGGUACGGUUCCGGCCAUGCCAUUAAAACAAAAUAAAGGUUCUAUAGUUGCAAAGAAAGACACGGUUAAAGCCUUUAUUAUCACAAAAUAAACGUUCUGGAGAGUUCCAUAGAAAUUAAGACGCAUCUUCAUGCCUAGGAAACCCAUGUCGCAAAUAAAA